AUGAAGGAGUUGUGGUCCAACUGGCCUCAGAGAGAGCUCGAUGGGCUUAUGAAGAUAUACAUACUGGCUCAAUGGGCGUACUGGGCCCAGCAGGUCAUUUCCGUCAAUAUUGAGGAAAAGCGUAAGGACUACGUGGAAAUGCUGGUCCACCAUGCAAUCACGCUGUCUCUCAUCGCCGCAAGCUACGCAUAUCAUCAGACACGAGUCGGCCAUUUGAUCUUGGUACUGAUGGAUGUGAUUGAGUUGAUCUUCCCUCUGGCGAAGUGUCUCAAGUACAUCGGCUUCAAAAAGGUCUGCGACGUGGUCUUCGGGGUUUUCUUGUUUGUCUGGGUCUUCACCCGGCACGUUUUCUACCUCAUGGUAUGUUGGAGUGUCUACUACGACCUACCCAAAGCCGUAGAGAUGCCGUGUUUCCGGGGCGCACCUGGCGAAAUCGAGAGCCCAUUUCCUGCACCAACAUGGUCGCAUCUUCUGGAGCCACUUAAAGACCCAACAGGAACUGUGUGCUUUACUGACGGCGUCCGCCGAGGCUUCUUGACGUUUCUGCUGGUCCUCGAGGUGGUCAUUUGCGCGUGGUCUUUCUUCAUCAUCCGGGUCACGGUGCGCGUUCUCAAGGGCGCCUCGGCUGAAGACGUCAGGAGUGACAUGGAGGAGGCUGAGGAAACGGAGAUCGAGUACGAGGUGGUGGAGGCUGUUGAGAAGGAAGUGGGCGUUGAAUCCAUCGAUCUUAAAGCAUGGGAGCGUCGCAACGCCAAAAAGGAUACGGGCUCGAAAGCGACUAGCGUCAGGCUUCGCAGCCACAGUGACCGGAAGGACUUCCUGAACAGGAUUGGUUGCGAGAAGCAGAUUGAUUGA